CACAGAAAUUUGCGAAGAGGAAAAUGGUGACCAUGGCAUCUUAGCAGGGAGAGAGUACUCUAGAGUAGAUGAAAGUGGAGGGCCCAUCCCCAUGUUGUUAAGUAAAGAAUUUCCAGAAAAGUAUAGAUUUUAUUAUUUAUAGUAACAGUUUGAUGAGUGAUCUAGGAACUCGAGCGGUUUCAUUUUCCCGCACUCUCAUUUCUUGUACAGAAUCAUGUCUACUCCUGACUCAUCCUUGUACUCCUAUCUUGAGGUUCACAAUGCUGCUCUGAUUCAUGAUAUUAUCUGGUAGGGUCAAAAGGAAGGGUUACCACCUGAUAAAUCAUAGCAGCAGCGAGAAACCUCUUGCUCUGAAGUCCGAAUAAUAACAUGAAGCACCGAGCUAUAACACCAUUAAGGUUUGUAAGAGGCGGCAUAUGUUUGUUGGUGCUAAUCUCAACAGCAUUCAUGAUGCUGGUGUACUUUGGUUUUAUGAGUGCAGUUAUAUUCCGUUUUUUCAGCAUACACUACAGCAGAAAAAUGACUUCUGUAGUGUUUGCUUCUUGGCUUGCUUUAUGGCCGUUUUUGUUUGAAAAAAUCAAUAAGACUAAGGUUGUAUUUUCUGGGGAGACUGUUCCUAUCAAAGAGCGUAUUUUAUUACUCGCUAACCACAGAACUGAAGUCGAUUGGAUGUACUUAUGGGACUUGGCACUGAGAAAAAAUAGCUUGGGUUACAUCAAGUAUGUUCUAAAGAGUAGCUUAAUGAAACUACCUAUAUUUGGUUGGUCAUUUCACAUAUUGGAGUUCAUUCCGGUGCAAAGAAAGUGGGAGAUUGAUGAACCGAUCAUGCACCAAAUGCUUUCGACUUUGAAGGAUCGACAUGAUCCCCUUUGGCUUGCUAUUUUCCCGGAAGGCACAGAUUUCACUGAGCAGAAAUGUAUUCGAAGUCAAAAGUAUGCAGCCGAACAUGGGCUACCUAUACUGAAUAAUGUUCUGCUUCCGAAAACAAAAGGAUUCUUCGCCUGCAUAGACGAGUUGAGGAACACUCUCGACGCAGUCUACGAUGUUACCAUCGGGUACAAACCUAGCUGCCCUUUCUUCUUAGACAAUGUGUACGGACUAAACCCUUCUGAAGUUCAUAUUCACAUCCGACGCCUCUCUCUUAGCAAUAUUCCCGAUUCAGAAGCUGGGACGGGUACUUGGUUGAUGGACACAUUUUGUCGCAAGGACAAGCUUCUUACUGAAUUUUAUUCCACGGGUCAUUUCCCCAACGAAGGAACAGAAAACGAGCUCAACACGAAUAACUGCUUGGUGAAUGUUAUCGCUACCUUGACCUUAACAACCAUCUGUACUUUCCUCACGUUUUUCUCCUUCGUAUGGUUUAAGAUUUAUGUUCUUCUAGUAUGCGUUUAUUUCACAUUUGCGACAAAGUUAAACUAUCGACCAUUACCAAUAUUUUGCUUUUCGAAUCAAUCCCUCAAACACAACAAUAUUAAGCAAGCACUUGACUAGCGGCUUGUGCAAUAUACUCUAUCGAUGUAUCUUCAACGAUGUUUCAUCAUGAAUCGGCUCCUGAUUUCUUUCAAGUAAGUAAAUUUUCGUAAUGUAUAACUUACUCUUUGCUUGGUUUAGAUUUGUAUCCAUUGAAAUAAGAAUACUCGUACUCUAUGUUUGAUCGGUCUUA